AUGUCAUCAUCAUCAUCUACAUUAUCUACUGGAUGGCCAAGGUUUGUGGUUAUGAAAGAUUACGUGUGUGCCGACAAGAAGAGCAUCUAUUUGAGACAAAUAAGUAAGGAAGAGAGCAUCGCAAAGGGAGUGCCACCAACAUCUCUGAUUAAUGGUGAACAGGACAUUUCGAGCCCUUUGCUCAAAUUUGAAUUCAUAAGUGCAAAAAAAAAUCCAAAAGGGGUGCACAUAAGGUGCUGCAACAACAACAAAUUCUUGAAGAUUGAAGUGAAGAAGGAUGCAGCUCAUGAUGAUCCGUGGUUCAUCUUUGCCUCCUCCGAGGACCCCAUAGAAGAAGAUUCGCCCGAACAACCAUGUACUUGGUUCGAGAUAAAGGAACAUCCAAAUAUGCCUGAAAAUUACUGUUUUACACAUGUUGCUUCUAAUCGAAUUGUUGUACAAGACUACGACAGUAAUCUCUUGUAUGCAUCUUCAAAAUAUUACGAAUACUUUCGAUUCUUGGAUUGGGAAUCGCUUGUCAUAUUUCCCAAAAACAAUACUUUGGCCUUCCUUGGCGAGAACAACAAAUAUCUUAGCCCUAAUGGCGAUAACCAUGUUAUGUUGUUCAACAAGGAUGCUGUUACUGAUGACAGUGUAACGCAUCAGAUUUUCAGCGUCUAUGAUGGUUAUAUCCGCAUUAAGAACAAUUCUACUGGAAAGUUCUUUAGGCUUGAAGAAAACAACUGGAUACGUGCUUCAUCUGACGACCCCUCGGCCAAUGACGACAAUACACUUUUUUGGCCCGUCAAAGUCACCGACAACACUGUGGCCCUCCUCGUUAAAGCUAGUGAACCGAGAAGAUUUGCGAAGCUUUAUACUAAUGAAUAUGAGAGUGGUCUUAGCGCAAUUGAUCCCGAAAUUUCAUCUUUUGCAAAGUUGGUAGUUGUGGAUACCGUCGGGUCUAGAAGUAUCUAUGGAAUUGAGUUUCGGCCAGAUGAGGGCAGGAUUUACAAUGUCCAAGCCCUUGAGAAGGCUCAUGCAUCGGCCCAAAACUAUGACGAGGAAAAGGAGAACACUUUAACCCUCACGUUUUCCUACAAGACUUCAAGAUCUACUACUUACAGCGUCAGCGGUUCCCUGAAGAUAGGUGUCCAUACAUCUCUUGAAGUUUCUGAAAUUCCACUGGUUGCGAAAGAGAGUAUCGGAUUUUCAUACGAGUUUACCACGACUAUUGGAUGGGAAACCACUAAGACAGUCGAAACUGCGACCGAGUCUACGUACACGGUUAUAGUGCCUCCCAAGAGUAGAACCACAGUUACUCUUCUAGCGACACAAGGAAUGUGUGAUGUUCCUUUCUCUUACACUCAGCGCGAUAUUCUACGCGAUGGGAGUGUCAUCAUCCACAAGCUGAAUGACGGCAUUUUCACGGGUUUGAAUACAUUCAACAUGGAUUUCAUUGCCGAAAGCGAACCCCUGCUACCGAAAGAUGAUAAUAAUCAAUCAUUAGUUAAAAAUUGCAUUACGCAAUAUUGA